AGUUGACGGAGUGAGUGAGGGACAUGGUGUGCGAUAAGUGUGAGAAGAAACUGGGAACCGUUAUCACUCCAGACACAUGGAAGUCUGGCGCCAGGAAUACUACUGAAAGUGGAGGCAGAAAAUUGAAUGAGAACAAGGCACUGACAUCAAAAACUGCAAGAUUUAACCCUUACGGGAAAAACAAGUUUGCAAUAUGUCGUAUCUGUAAAAGCUCCGUUCAUCAGCCUGGUUCUCACUACUGUCAAGGCUGUGCCUAUAAGAAGGGUAUCUGUGCCAUGUGUGGAAAGAAGGUUCUGGAGACAAAGAAUUACAAGCAAACAUCAGUUUAGCCGCACAGAAUUCCUGUAAAAAAUAUCAUCACUAUGUCCGUAUGAUGCGCCUGAGUGUGUGGACCGUUUGGAGUAUUUGAGUUCUGAAAUCGUAUGAAAGUUCAUUGUUUGGAUGAAGAAAAAAAUGUAAAUAAAUGUAUUGCAGUGUUUUUAAUUGUGUUUUAUUUUCAUGCUGAAGUAUCGACUAGUCACAAUGCCCGAUGUCUGAGUACAGUUACCACAAACUUUUGUCAAACACAGUGAAACGGUUGUAGCUGAUUGCCUAAUAAAGAUUUUCUCACUCUA